UUUAAAAAUGUGUAAUAUAAUUUCAGUGACAGUGCUAAUAACAUUAUUCAGUGCCGUUUUCAGUGAAGAUGCAUUUCUAAACGAAACUAUACACAUUCGAGUAAAACGUGGAAAGUACUACUCCUAUCCAUCUAGAUUCUACAGGCGACCCCCAAACAUUUACCCAGUAAAGGGGGCAUUUUCUAUAACACCCCCUCCAGGGUACAUGAUGGAUGAUGAUGAACCUUACCCAGGAAGACCCUAUGAUCCAAGACCUAAGGUUAGUAAAAGACCCAAUGACGGCUUAAGAGACGAAGACAUAAAUAACAUAGUGAAAUACUUAAGUAAGCAAGAUUUGGAUAAGCUCAUAGAUAUGGCCAGCGAUAAAGAAAGAUAUAGAGAAAAUUCAGUUGAAAGGAGACCUUACAAGCGAGAUGAAAGUAGAGUUAAAGAAACUGAACAUCCUACUUCAGGGUUUUCUUUUAACGGUCCUUAUAAAAUCUAUGAAUCAGACAAAUAUAAUAGCAACGGACCAUGGGUAGAAUCAGAAUCAAUCCCUGUUCAUUUCAAGCCACAAGACGAUGUUUAUAAUGGGCCUAUUAGAUCCCAAAAUACUGAAGAAUUCAGGCCUAAACCACAAGAAAAUUAUAAUAAAUACAACGGCCCAUACGCACCAACAGAUUUACUAAACUACGUAGAAGAUGCAACGCAAUCAAAAAUAGUUUACAUCAAUCAUGAAACUCCAAAUAUGUCAACAGAAGAAUCAAUGCAAAAUAAACAGAUAUCAUAUUUAAACGCGUAUAUACAUCAUGAGAUAAAUGGUAUGCCUAAACAGGAUAUACAAAGAGAGGAACUAUUGCCAAAACCUGUUAAUUUGCGAGAAGAAGACUUUGAUAUAUCCUAUACAAAUAAUGUGCCAACGGUAGUAAGGCCCGGAUAUAAGGUGGAGAAUUUUGGAGAUCUUCCUUUGAUGAGUAAUGCUCAUAAAUUGGAUACAGUCAGUUCGUACAAAGUGCCACAUUAUACAGUAACGUCAAGCUCAAAAUACAGCCCACCUCCACCACCGCCAUCAUCUUCAUCAUCAUCAUCUUCACUAUCAUCGUCAUCAUAUUCAUCACCCUCCGUGCCCCUAGAACCAGCGGCCCCUAUCUCAGCCGCGAAGGAACAGAGCGACGCGCAUCUUAAAGCUGUUAAGAUAUGGACCCAUCGGUCGCAGGGGACAGCUUAUACUUUGCAUAGUGAUGGGACGCUUUCUUUAGAAAGGCAGAAGUCCAAAACUAAAUAUGGACAAUGACUUAACGGACAAAGUUACAGUUCUACAAGUUACAUUCUACGCUGGGAACAGAAACGUUGAAUUAGUAGGUCCGGUCCGGCCGAAACGGACCGGGACAGAAUGAUGAUAAUAAUUAAUGUCCUACAAUUUUAAAUGGACAUUAUUAAGAUAUGAACCUAUUGUUUAUAUGUCACAAGGAAUAGUCUAUAUGUUACAUAAUAAUACGUUACAGACUAAUAGAAAACAAGUGGAUCGCGUAUAUCUUUAUAAUAUAACCUAAUACCUACUAACGGGUAACCUAGAUAGCCUAGGUUUCUAGUAAAGACUGUGGUGUACCUAAUUUAAACUAAUUUAUUUAUGAUUAAUACUUUAAGACGCUCAAAUAGUUUAAGAACAUGAGGUGGUAAGUUAGAUAAUAAUGUUUUUGCAGCACCACCAAAAAUAAU